GUUUUAAUAGUACUUGGCAAAGUUUAGUCAAUGAAGCUGCAUUUAGAAUCAAUACUUGAACAGGCGCAAGCACACAAUUUCGUCAUUGUAAAAUGCGCUAAAACUACUGAUAAAAAGAGAGAGAAACUUGCGGCGACGCAUCCGUCGUGACGUCUGACGAUGCUUCACACAUGAUGUAUAGGUGACGGUAGAAACGUGUUUUUUCGGUAAUUCUUCAAUAAAUUUCAAAAAAAUGUGUGCCAGCAAUUCAGAAAUCACUCAGCACAUCCAAAACAUUUCACUCGUCAAUAACGUAAUCCAAGAUGAUCCAACAGAAAUACUUAAACUUAAAAAUGGAAAAAAGGAAUGCGACAAUUUUUUUUUUAUAAAAAGUGCCACUAAACAAGUAGAAAAUAGUGAAGAACAAUCCCAAAGAAAUAGUUCUACAAAACUAGUACCACAGAAGAAAUUUGAAGAUAUUAUCGAAGAAACCGUUUUGAAAGCAAUACCCCUAAAUCACGAUCAAGCAGAAAUCCCUAAUACAAAAUGUACCGAUACUUCCGAAAGUGACUUCCGCACCCCUCCAGAUUCAGUACCAUUAUCUUUCGUUUCCAAUUUAUCCGAUGGUUACAAAUGGAAAGGAUUUCCCCGCUCUUUUGAAGAUCCUAGGAUUUACAAACGUACCACAAAAGGAGAAGAAGAAAACAAUUUCACCUACAAAGGUCUUCCAGCGAGCGCGCAAGAAAAAUUACCCAAAGAAAGUUGUGAUGAAAACAAAAAGAAAAACAUACGACUGCUUAAAUGGAAAGAUAUGCCAGUGCAUUUGCAAUUCAAUCCCUAUAUAAGAACAGGAUACAGACCCAUGCUAUCAGCAUGGGGUUGUAUACGCAGUCUAUUUUACAUACACAAUGAAACGUUUAAUAUCGUCACUCAUGGUAUGCCAAUACUAUAUAUAAUUCUAAAAACACCCUCAAUAACAAAUUGGGCAAGUUCAGAAUUACAAGUUCUUUCAUGGUGUCACGUUGCUGGAAUUAUCAGCCCAUGGAUAGGUAGUUUUACUUAUCAUUUGUUCAUGAAUAUGAACAGAGAUCAGCAUUUUUAUCACCGACUUUUACAGCUGGAUAUGUUGGGAAUAUGGAUUUGUCAAAGUAUUGGGGCAAUGCCGAUGGUGUUUACUUUUAGUCACUGUUUUGAAAAACUGACAAAAUGGUUAUGCAUAUCAUUCUAUUGCCUAGUAGCACUUUGGGGGCUCUAUAAAGCAAUGUUAGCAAUAUCUCCAUGGGAACGUAGGUUGUGUUUUAUUCUUCCAUUUUCUUUAAGAAUUUUACUGUGUGGUUUCCGUUUUCUACACUUUGGUGGCGGGGAUCCAAACGCACUUUUGCAUCUUUUACUACAGGAUUUUAUAGCUGUGAUAGGAGCGAUUAUUGGCGCUCUCCAUAUUCCAGAAAAAUGGUUUCCAGGACAUAUGGAUAAAUGUUUAAAUUCCCACAAUAUAAUGCAUCUUUUCGUAGUCGCGGCAGUUUAUUCAAUGCACGAAGCAACCAUGCAAGAUCUUAAAUGGAUUAACGAAGUACAAUGCAUCAGUGAGCAAUUAUUUUAAUUGAAAACUAGUUCUUCCCCUGCCCCCGCCCAUUUUUUUACUCCACUAUGACGUAGUGUCGGCCA